CGGGCAGUGAAGGUGGGAGAAGUGACGGGGCGGAGAGUUGAGGCCCACGAGCGCUCACGCACCCCGAAAUGGCUCGGAGGCAGGAGGAACAGAGAGGGGGUUCGCCCCUGAUAGCGGAAGGCAAAUCGGACGCUGAGGUUAAGCUCAUUCUGUACCACUGGACGCAUUCCUUCAGCUCUCAAAAGGUGCGCUUGGUAAUUGCUGAAAAGGCAUUAAAGUGCGAGGAACAUGAUGUAAGUCUGCCCCUGAGUGAGCACAAUGAGCCUUGGUUUAUGCGUUUGAACUCAACUGGAGAAGUGCCUGUCCUUAUCCACGGGGAAAACAUUAUUUGUGAGGCUACUCAGAUCAUUGAUUAUCUUGAACAGACUUUCCUGGAUGAAAAAACACCCAGGUUAAUGCCUGAGAAAGGAAGCAUGUAUUACCCACGGGUACAACAUUACCGAGAGCUGCUUGACUCCUUGCCCAUGGAUGCCUAUACACAUGGUUGCAUUUUACAUCCUGAGUUAACUGUGGACUCCAUGAUCCCAGCCUAUGCAACAACAAGGAUUCGCAGCCAAAUUGGUAACACAGAGUCUGAACUGAAGAAACUUGCUGAAGAAAAUCCAGACUUACAAGAGGCAUACAUAGCAAAACAGAAGCGUCUUAAAUCAAAGUUGCUUGACCAUGACAAUGUCAAAUAUUUGAAGAAUAUUCUCGAUGAGUUGGAGAAGGUCCUUGAUCAGGUUGAAACUGAGUUGCAAAGAAGAAAUGAAGAAACCCCAGAGGAGGGCCGCCAGCCUUGGCUUUGUGGAGAAUCCUUCACCCUGGCAGACGUCUCGCUUGCUGUCACAUUGCAUCGUCUGAAGUUCCUGGGGUUUGCGAGGAGAAACUGGGGAAAUGGAAAGCGUCCAAACUUGGAAACCUAUUAUGAGCGUGUCUUGAAGAGAAAAACAUUUAACAAAGUUUUAGGACAUGUCAACAAUAUAUUAAUCUCUGCUGUGCUGCCAACAGCAUUCCGGGUGGCCAAGAAAAGGGCCCCAAAAGUUCUUGGCACUACCUUUGUGGUUGGUUUGCUUGCAGGAAUGGGAUAUUUUGCUUUUAUGCUUUUCAGAAAGAGGCUUGGCAGCAUGAUAUUAGCACUCAGACCCAGACCAAAUUAUUUCUAGGCUUGUAGGGCUCUGGUAGUGGCAACUCAUCCAACCAUUCAGCUAGAUACUUGUCCUCUCUUCAGGCCCAGUGAAGAAUUAUUCUGGGCAACUAGCAAAAAGCAAAAUUUUCUUUACUUUUUGGGUAGUUUAUGUGGGAAGAGGAGGCUAUGAAAUUGUUUUUGCCAGCUGGCAACUUUGAGAUUAUUUAUUCACAAACCUAAACACACCCAUCCUUAAAAAAUGUGCAAGGUCAAGAUAUGCAAAUACCAAGUAGAGAAUAGACUUUUAAUUCAAAAUGUCAGUUCAAAUUCUGAAUUAUCUGGACAGAUAGUAAUAAUGACCUAUGCUUGCCCAUAGCUCUUUAUCUGAGACUGUUUGGGUAUGCUGAAUGUUGAGUAGUUAGCAGUAUUUUCUCCUUAAAUUCCCAAGUCCUCUUUGUUAUACAGCACAGCAGUUCAGAGAGCAGGAAGGGCCCAGCAGUGCUUCAUGGUCCUGCUGCUUGCUUUAAGGCAGAAAUAAGGCACAGGGAAAAGGGGAGAAUGAAUUCUAUCUAGUAUGGAGUGCCUCCAGUGUAACUCAUGGUUGCCUGUCCCUUUGGUAAAUAAUGUAACUACUGUGGCCCCUGCCUGCACAUUCUCCUAUACUUGAGAACCCUCAAGAGCAAAGGGAAAGAGAGUUAAUGAGAAGCCUGGGCUUAACAUUUAUGGCAUGUCAUUUAACCUCAAUGUUCAUUUUAAAUACAUAUGAAUUGUGCUCAUUGAUUUAAUGAGAUUAACUGUUUAUAUACCUGGGCAUGAGAUGCUCAUGGUAACACAUCUGCCUAGCAUUUACAUGGAAGUCUUAAGGGACAAUAAAAUGGUUCCUGACCUUUCUUUGUGGAUCCCCGAUUUGAUGGCACCUAUUAAAUAUCACUCCUGUGGAUCAUCAUGUUUAGGGCAGACUUGGCAUUUAGGUAAAUUUCCCAGCUGAUCACUAGCACAGCAUGUGGCUGGGUAGAAAGUAUUUUGAUGGUCUGGGAGUACCAAAUACUCUCAUUCUGUAUUUGGGAAGGCUGUUAUCUUAGCACAGAAACUCUUGUCCAGAACUUUGCAUCUUUUUAUUAUCAUUAACCAAGACUUAAAAGGAUACAGAGAAAGAGGAAGAUCUAGUCUCAGCCUUUGGCAAUUCAUUUAAUGGAGAUAAAAUAAAUGUAUAGACAGUGAUGCAUACCAUAUUCAUGCACAUAUGUCUAGUCCUUUUUUAUGGUUCUUCAGCCCAUUUUGGAAGGGAUACUCCCAGUGUGUCCAAGGAACAACUAUGGAAAUGUGUCAUAUAGUCAGCUCAGUUUUUGCACAGGAAAAAUCAUUCAUGUUGACAGGAAGACAGAGUUUCUCUGGAGCUGGAUCAAAGGCGUUGGGACCAGUUUUGGGUCUCUGGUGGAAGGCAGGUAUAGAGACGAUGAGCUAAGUUUCCCAUGAACAGCAGCCUGCUUGGACUACUCAAACUUCGUAUGCAAAAUGGCCAAAGAAUAUACUGACUUUUUCAUUAAUAGGAAACAGUUAUACUAGGAAACAACGAUUUGGUGGUGGUAAAAUGAUUCUAUAAUUCCAUUCCAUGAUCCAGUUGUUUUAGAAAAUCUUGCUGAACUGGAUGUGUUCUGUUUACCAAAAUUUAUAACAACUUCAAGAGUAAACUCAAUCCAACAACAAUUAAUAGAUUGGCAGCUUUUAUGUCUUACUUUUGUACAUAAGUGUGUCAUCAUGUGGAGCAUGUGAGUAUGUUUGUUGCUGGGACAUUCCGUUACAUGCAUUCAUAAAAGAAUUUUUAUACCACUGUGUUAGAAGCAAGAACCAAGACAUGAGGAAAUCAAAAUGGGGUUUUUAUAAAAAUCUACAAAGAAUACUUACCAAGAAAGGGUUGUUGAUUAAGAAGAAAGAUUUGAAACCCAGUCCUGGCUUUACCUUCAAGUUAUAUUAUUACUGAAUCAGAGAAAUCUACUGGGAUGUGGCUAUCAUCUGCUUAUUCAGCUUCAUUGGAAAUAUGCUGUAUCUAUAUUGAAGGUGAUGUCUCUGGUUCCAUGGGUACUCUUCAAUUUAUCCUUUCAUAAAUAUUGUUUAGGGAUAGAAUGAAUGACCACUAGAUGGUGAUGUUCAUCCAGUACUAUGAGAUUGGGUGCUCUUUAGUUCAACAAACCUUUGUUUAGUUCAGUAACCUUAGUUUCUGAAGUGAGGACAUCUUCAUUAGAUCAUUCAUCUGUAAAAAAGCUUGCGGCAAAUGUACUAUUGAUUUCUAAUGCUUUGGAAGAGAUCUUGGUACCACACAAUGUCAAGCUAAAGAGUUGAACAUAUGGUAUUAGCUAAAUAGGCACUUUUAUAUAUUUUAUUUUUCAUGAUCAUUUCUAACUGGCCAAUAUGGUCCUCAAUUUCCAAAAUUUAUAUAAAUAUCAGAAUUAGAAAAAUGCCUGAGGUACUAAAGUUAUGUUGGCUAUUUAUAGCUUAACACGUAACUGCUAUUUUAUUGCUAUUGCAAUUACAUGCCUUUUGAAUCCAUUUUCCUUAAUUGCAGAUAGUUGGAAAUUGCUUGCUUGAAGUUUAGUAAUUAUUGAUAUUGACAACAGAGUUAUAGGUUUUUUUGGUGUUGUAAUUUAGAGAUCAAGAUAAUAUUCUACCUAUAAGAUCAAUAAAAGUAAUUGGAAAAUAAAUGUGAAUCCUAAACCAAAGUACUCUUUUUGUAAACUUUCUGAGAAAACAGCUGUAUUUGUUUUUUCAUUUACAAUAAAAGCUAACAAUGGUAUGCUUUAAAGGGGGUAAAAUAAGCAGAAGUCAGAUAUUCAGCUACUGAGCUAUAGAAUGCCAUAGUUUCCUUAUAACAUAAAAAUUACUACCUCCUGAUUCCUUUAAAUAUACACUACUUUAGGGUUAAAAUGAAUGACAGCCUGAAGAAUAACAUAAGACCCUGGUCAUUAAAGUAAUUCUUUUUAGCCAGAUACCUAACAGGUUAUAUAGCAUGAAAAUGGUAAGCACCAAGAGAAUAUUUAUCUUUGCAAAAUAGUUUGUUGUAUGUUUAUUGAG